AUGGACUCACCAACAAGAAGCGUAUCGCCCCUCCCCAAGAACAAGAAGGACAAAGACAAGGAUAAGGAUAAGGACAAGGAUGAUAGUGAGGAAGAAGACAUCCACCAGCAGCUCAGUCGACUUCUGAGAAGGGAGGGGGCAUUGUUUGCGAGACCCUCAAUGUUGGCGCUUCCUCGGAGACCUCGCCCUGCGCCUUCAAAUACUAGGAUAAAGUAUCCUCAAAAGGCUCCGAAAGGAAGAAUUCCACCACCUCCUCCUCCCAUGGUCCUCCCCAGGUCUCCCCGCAAUCAAGUGCAGGUGAUGCCACCUCCUCCGCCUCCUCCAGUUGCUCCUCCGAGUGAAUGGGGGGUCAAUCCUAAUGCUCCACCUAUACCGCCUCCCCCGGGCUACCCACAGAUAGCUCAGCCUCAACCAUCACCUAUACCACCCGUUGUCAAGCCCGCUCAGACACAUUACACCAUCUCUGAAGACUCUAUAGGAGCUAGUAACAGAGACAAGUUUGCAGCUAUAGACAAUGGGCCAAUCAUAACAAAUGGUGUCAAUGGCCUCAACAACUACGUACCACCACCACCACCACCCCAACCCCUAGGUCCUGUGCCUGUCCCAGUCCGCUACGCAGCAACUCGAAGCUAUCGUAUCCCAACAUUCACCAAAACCAAUAAAGAGCAAGCAGAAGCACAUGCAAAGCUUUCAGAGCCAAAUGUCAUGCCUGUAGGCGCCGUUGAGCUUCAGCAUGGAAGCGGGCCAUCUAACGUGGGAAAGACAAAUGAGUCUCUCGGGCUUUCUCAGAUACAGGAGGAAGGAUCUCAUGACUUUGCCGAAGUUACUGGAGAGGAUAUUUCUUCCCACCAGAUUCUUGUCGAUGAGAACACAUUGCAGGCAUUAAUUCAACGUGUUGAGGAGUUGGAAGAAGAAAACACCACCCUUCGUGAAGAUGCGGACAACGCUUCAACUGUUACCACGGAAUCGCCUGCUAAAGUUCAGCUCUUCUAUUGUCUGGAAAGAAUUGAGCUCGAUGACGACAGCGUCGACGAAAGAAGCCGGACAGUCUAUCUUUCUCCUCCUGAGUGGGUAGUUUAUGGCGACGAUGUCGACCUCAGGGGUCGAUUCCCCAUUACAGACCCUGGUGACUACGCUGAAGAACAAGGCGCAUCACUCAUCGUCUACAAAUAUUACUCUGUGGACUACCAAUACGACGCAGUAAAUGCUGCUAAGAGAGCAAAGCAACCCCUUCCUGAACCAGAGCCAGCCAGCCAGGAUGUUGUUCUGGUGACGGAAGAGAUGGUUGAGGCAGUCGAGGCCUUAUUCGAGCUCUUCCCUUCAAUGAGCGACGACUUUCCGUAUGUGUACGAGAUGAGCAGCUUGCAAGACCCCCAUCUCUGGUGGUAUCACUGCCGAACGAGCUUCAAGAUGGAGGCACUAUCACAGAGACACGGCCAGUUGGUUGGACUUCUCGUUGAAUGGAUAGAGAGUAACUUUGCACCACUUUAUGACCAAAUCGACGACCAGUUCAAGAGAGGAAAGGUCUCGAGCGAUUCCAUUGAGUUUUUGAUACGUCCAGGAGAUACCCUCGUCGCAAACAAGAAUGGCAGAUACAGUGGACGCGUUGCUACCACUCGACCAGCUCCUCACAAACAGAAGAAGAAAUCAGAAGACUCAGACAAGGACCAAGAGAAGCAGGGCAUACAUACUUGGAUUGUGGAAACGCGGUCUUACGGAUAUGCAGGAAAGUUCUUUGCUGUUGACAAGGAGCUGUUAAUUGACUUUCCACCCAAGUAUAGAGGUGGGGAGAUCAACAUCACGGAUCUCAAUGUUAUACCGUUGUCAUAUGCAAAGCCAAAGGUAAAAGAGAUAUUGAGACAACGAGGCAAGAGGUUCUGGAAGUUGCGUGAGAAGACGCUCAUCUCAUAUGAAGGCAGUGAUUCCGAUAGGAUACAAGCGGGACAACGGUUUAUGGUGGACUUUGAUACCUACAAAGAACUCCAUCCAGGAAGCAGCUACAUGAGACAAGAAGGCUAUAUAUCAGGUCGAAAGCCUAACUUGCCAAAGGAUGGAAGCGAGCCUGAGGAGCCAGAGAUCUACCUGUUCCCUAAACUGAUCCCGGGUUUUGACUUGCGGCGUAAGAAAUGGAUUGACCUCGAGGUCGAUCGAAUUCGAGACGUCAGUUGGAACAAGGAGGCUUUCAAAAGCCUGGUCGCUGACGAAGCUAUGAAGGAGCUUGUCCUGGCUCUAGUGACCAACCAACUCGAUGCCGAGAAAAACACAGAUCUUAUCGAAAGCAAAGGCAGCGGUCUCAUCAUGCUCCUGCACGGGUCACCAGGAACAGGUAAGACAUUCACAGCUGAGUCUGUGGCUGAAAUCGCCAAGAAGCCUCUAUAUCCAGUUACGUGCGGAGAUAUUGGCACUGAGCCUGCAGACGUAGAGAAGUAUCUCGAAUCUGUUUUCCAUCUAGGCAAGGUUUGGGACUGUGUUGUUCUUCUUGAUGAAGCAGAAGUCUUUCUCGAACAGCGCACUUUGCAAGACUUGAAGAGGAAUGCGUUAGUGUCUGUAUUCCUUCGAGCUUUGGAGUACUAUGAGGGUAUUCUUAUUUUGACGACGAAUCGCGUGGGGACAUUUGACGAGGCCUUCAAAUCACGUAUCCAGCUGGCUUUGCGGUAUGAGAAGUUGAAGGAUUACCAGCGAUUACAAAUCUGGAAGAACUUCCUGGUUAGGUUGAAGAGCCUUGGUGAGGAAGAAAGUAUAGACUUUGAUGAUAUUGAGUUAUAUCUGGAAGAGCUGGCGAAGUAUCCUAUGAACGGACGGCAAAUUCGUAAUUCUAUUACAACAGGGAGGCAGUUGGCUAAGUACAAAAGGAAGAAGAUGACGUUUGCGCAUCUGAAGAGGGCGAUUGACGUCGCAGAUAAGUUUGAUAGGUAUUUGGCUGAUGUUCAGGAGGGAGAUAUGGAGGAGUUUAGUGGCAGGGGAGAGAGUGGACGAUAUACGCCCGAGUAUCUUGCGAGAGCUGAUCAAAUACGAUGA